CGUCGCUGUGUUGGGGCAAGUGGACCUAUUGUACCUUGCACCAGCACGACCGAUGUCUUGUGUUCUCCGCCGGUACUCAGCCGGCUAUCCGCCACCUGGCAAGGCACGACAGAGAUCCCUCCGCCCAGAAUGCUCAGGGAGGUUUCAUCGGGACCUGCAGUACAGCUGCGCAUGCUCCCAAGUAACCAUAUCAACGACAGCUCUUUCUCGGAGCCGCUGGAAAAGACCAUGGUGCAGACGGGGGAGAGCGGGUUCGUCUGGGCCGACUACACCUACCCCCUGCCCUACCCCUGCAAGGGACACAUGGAACUGUCCCUUCAGUUGGGUGGAACUUACUUCCAGUCAUCCUGGUUACACGUUGGAAGGGCGGUUCCACGGGAGGGAUCGACCAGACGUGUGAGCGGGGAGGCACAGGAGGGGGCGUCCAUUACUGCUGCGGGGAGGGUAGGAGCCGGUGCACCGAUAUCUCUCCGGCUGCGGGACCGACACGGCCUCUGCCCUCCAGUGAUGCUCAGGAGACAGGCCAUGUACCUCCGCGGGCGGAACGACAGGGAGAUGACGUCAUUCGAAGCGCCAUUGACGUCAUCUAGUGUCCUGUGGCUCGCGCAUGCUACGGGCGCCGUCCUACUAACUGCACGGGCGAAAGAACUCGUUCAGCGGACGGGAAAAACGGAAUGGCGCCUCGAAUUCAAACUGUCCACCGUCUCUGACUCUUACAUUCUGAAAGUCGUUUACGGAGACGUGGCCGUAUCGGUUGGCGGGAAUGUGAAGCUAUCUUUUACCCAAGCGGUAUACCUGCGCGGGUCCUGUCUAAACGCGGGAAUUUCGGUCUCUCUCAUGAUCAGAAGAGACAAACAGGACCUAGUCGCCGAUAAACAAUUUGUAGGAGGGAUACGGGGUGAAUAUAUGUCUAUUCAGGUUCAGUCCCACUUUCCUAUUCAGUCUUCUGACAGGAUUUUUGUGGUCGUUCAAGCCGCGAAACGUUGUGAUGUACACUUUUACAACGCUAUGCACGGACUCAGCGCUCUUAAUGUGUUAUGGAUACCCAAUAAACAUUCCUCCGUGCUAAAAGCACGGUUAGAACACGCCCGUGCCCUAGCGGGGCUCGCUCAGUCCACUAGAUUGAGAUUUGAGGAGGAGCUAAACACGAGACCACGGGACGUAACACUGUUACCAGACGGGGUGCUCAGUUUCCACACCGCCGGGAGAGUUAGCAUGGAAUGCCAUCUGAGAAUGCUGCACUCAUGUGAUUAUGCUGCUAUAACUGUCUUCUACAGGGGACUUGCCAUUCGCGACACCCAGCCCGUUUUGCGACAGGUUCAAGGUAACACCCUGUCCCGCUGGGCGGGUAUGACGGUGGCGGGAACUGUUCCUGUAGAGGCCGGAUCCAAGAUUCACUUCGAGCUGUCCUGCAAGCGUGGCCGUGUCAACGGCGUGGACAGGGAGUUCGCCGGGCUGUCUCUAGUCUGGCUCCCGCCUUGAACGUGGAAGUUGUUCGUCACGCAACUACAGCAAGAGAUGUUCAAAGGCUUCUGCCUGUGUGACUCUACCGUGCCAGAUUUAGUGCCAAGACAUCAUCUACUGAUUGCCAUGACCGCUGAUCGUACACAUGAUCAUGGUACGCACGUCUGUGACCCACGUGUCCCGGUGUCUUAGUGCUUGCCAACAGUCAGCCAAUCAAAUUCCCCCUCCUGUUUUAUGGAAGGUUAGUUACCAGCCAAUCACCUUGCCUCUUGGCCGUAAGCGGCAGUCUGAUUGGCUGGUAACUUUCCUCCAAUGGCCAACUGGAGGGGGAGUAUUUGAUUGACGCGGCGAGGACAGGUCAAAGGCUGGUACGCCGGGGUGGUUGUUGGAUGAGAUACUCGAACUCAAGCGGUGGGCCUGGUAUGAGACGUGAGAACGGAGAGAAAUCUCAUAUGUGAAGCAGGUUAUAUAACCCUGAGUGCACGUCGUCACUCAAUAAACUCAACAACUUAAAAGACAUGUCUAGGCGGCAUCCAACGUCCCAAACAGCAACUGAGUUGCCGGUUGAUGUGACGUCAAUCGUACUGCUAUGUAAAGGACACAACGGUGGGUCUGGUUGUCAUAGGGUCUUGACAAUUCAAAAUUUCCUUUAAGUAACGCAGGCAGUUCUGAGAGAAUUAUGCCUUCAAAGAGACCGUUGUUACUUCCUAAUAUAAGAGCUAGGGAUCUGAACGGGACAAGUAAUAUUCAGCCACACUAGCUACGAAACGUCGUGUUGUAAAACAAUGUCCUUACUUACUAUACUACAGUCAUGAAAAUGUCAUGUUUGCUGGACUUUGGGUACAAAAUAUAACAUCUUUCUAUGUUAACUCCAAACCAGAGCUACCUCAGUCGCUAGUAAAGUGUCUAUAACAAUGGAAAUGACAAUAAAUUUUGACAAGACUACAUUGUGACAUUUAUUUGCACCGUAGCACACAUCCCUACAAAAUAAGCUCAAUUUCUUCCUGACUGAAUAACACGGUUAGUGUUGUAACUGUCCACUUUGAUACACGUGUCAUGUUCUUGUGACUUUACCUUUUGUUGCCUACUCGGAACGGUUUUUCUUGGUGAAUUUAGGAUUUAGCUUACGUUUCAUGUUGUUGCUAGCUUUGAGAUAUGUCAACAUGUUUCAUUAGCUUAGUUAAGAAUUCGGCUCCAGCCAAAUCAUUAUUCUUCAACCUAGUCACAUGUAUCGUGUACCAUCCUCUCUCGCUAGCGUGUGCUUGUACUACGACUUCGCCGUGGAUGGUUUCUUCAUCCAGUCACGAGCGCACCCUAGCGGGAGACGUUGGUAUUACACAGCUUACACCUAUUCGUCACAGAGAUGAUUACGUAUAGAACUUUAACCUUGUAACUAUAUAGAAGAAAACUUUAUCUUAUUUGAUGUGAUCACAAUAACCUAACAGGUCUGUUGGGAAAAUAUCUUUAGUCUUCAAACUGACUUCUUAAUAUCUGUUACAAAACUCUAUUGUUCAAAAUUAUUGUCAGAAAAUCUCUACCUUUCCUUUCUCAGCUGCCUUGACAAUGCUAUACACUUGUUUUUGUGACCCACUCAUUUGCACAGCCCAAAGCAAUCAGUACUUUCUUAAACAGUUGUUGUGAUUCCUACUAAAGCUUUCUUCAAUUGUUGUAACAAUUGUUAAGAUUUUAAAACUUCCAGUCAUAUAUCAGAUGUUGGUAUAAUGCUAACCUGAGUGUUAAAUUUAUCACAGAUGUUAACCAUUUCUAUACUAAGAGUGUCAUAAUGCAUUGCAUCUGUACUGGUAACAUCAGAACUCAGCAGGCAGAGGGGUAAUUUAACUUACCUAUCAAAGGAGAAAACAAGCAGAAUUCAGCUUUGCAAAUCAAACUGUAUUGGCCACAAGUUCUAGCUGUUACCAACCAGCUAGCAACAAAAAAAGGCAUCAUGAAUUGCAUAAAGCUUGUACUAGUUGUUGUUGGUAUCAAGAUCCAUUUGAAACAGCACUGUUAUGUGUUACCAAAGGAGAGAAGCAUGUUACAGUAUUGUACAAGAAUUUUCACAAAACUACCCAGCAUCACUCCAUUUUUUCAUUACCACAAUGUCUAUUGACAAGCACAGACAGAAACAGAUAUCAGCUUAGAGGUUCCUGUCUGGUAUUAAGCUACACCCAAGCCAUAAACUACUAUUAUUUCACACUUUUUGUACACCUGACUAAAGUAGGAUCUAACACAUGACUAUCCCCCACCUUCUUCCCAAUGAGAGCCUGUUAUGAUUUAGAUUAAAUGGUGCAUAGUGCCAACAUUGUCCAGUCUUCAGCC